AGUGUUUCCAUCAGACCCCUGGCAACGGAAGCGAUGGCGGGGGAUUCUGCAGUCGAGCUUCUUUUUAUUGAUACCUUUAAACACCAGAGUGCAGAGUUGACCAAUGUGGACGUGGUUCGCUUCCCUUACGGUGUGCUCGUCACUGAGGUGCGGGUUAUCCCUCCAGGAAUCAGAGCUCACAGUAACCUACCUGACAACCGAGCACUUGGAGAAACAUCUCCACAUGCCUUCCAACUGGAGAUCUUCUUCAAUAAUGUCCUCAAACCAAACAGUUCCAGCUUCCAUAGACUUGGCAGCUUGGAGUAUGAUGAGAACAAGUCUAUUGUAUUUAGGCCAAGUGGAAAGGUGAACACAGACGGUCUGGUGCUUCGUGGCUGGUACACAACUCUUACUGUGGCUGUAUAUGGAACAGCAGAGCGAAUGCAUGGCCAUGGACACAACCAAAGUUCACCUCCACCACCUCCACCUCCACCUCCACAACAGACCAGUGUGUCCAAAAGGAUGGUUAAGCAAGAGUGGGAGAAAGAGGACCAGUAUAAUGGUAGCCCCCCUAGACCUGCUCCAAGAGGUCCCCGUACUCCACCUGGUCCUCCACCUGAUGAUGAUGAUGAUGAUGACGACGACGAUGACGAUGAUGAACAGGUUCAACCAGGAGCGGUUGGCAUGGUAAAAGAGGAGCCAUGUGAAGGCCGAGAUGACUAUCUGGAGGCUGUUUCACCUGAGAGAUCUCUGCCAGCUGACGAAACCUACUCGGAUGCUGAACAAGAGGAAGAAUGCGAUGAGGAUGAGGAACAUGAAGAACAGGAGGAGGAAGACGAUGCAAGAACAGAAGGAAGUGUUCCAGAUGAAGAGGAAGAGGAGGAUGAUGAGGGUGAGGACGUUGAAGAGGAGAUGGAGGAAGGUGAUGAUGGUUAUGAACAAAUAUCAAGUGAUGAAGAUGAUUUGGAUAAUGGGAGCUUCAAGAUACCAUCUUUUGACAUGGACUACACCCCUGAAGACAUGGAAUCUGUUCCACCAGUUCAAUAUGACCCUUGUGACCGAGAACUCAGACCUCUGCUCUUCUUUACUCCUCCAUAUAAAACACGCUUUGAUGUGGCUGAGAAGGCCAACGUGGAAGAGACAGAAGACGCCAUCAGUAUUGAAGCAGUCACUGGUGGUGAGGAGGAGGAGGCUGUUGUGCAGCUCAAAGAGCUGAUAAAAGGCAUUGGGGAUGACAGGGACACACGGUGGGUCAAUGCUCUGGAAGAAGCACCAGGAAUUUUGGCCAAAGUGUUGACUUACUUAAUUAAACUGGGAGAGAGUGAGGUGGAGGAAAAUAUCAGUACCCUUGCAAAGUGGGCUCUUCAAGCACUCAGUAUGGAAGUAGCUCUGACCCAACCAAUUGCCCUCAACCUCAGACAGCUUAAGGCUGGUGCCAAGAUGGUGUCAUACCUAGCAGAAUGGCCCCCAGGCCUGACAAUACUGUUGCGUGAAGGUGCCCUGAGUGUCCUGCUGAAGCUGCUCAACGGUGACCAUGUUUCCUCCACCCUGAAGCUCAGCAUUCUCAAAGCACUUGACACCCUCAUUAGUGCCCCCGCUGGAGUGGAGGCUUUUCUACAUGCUGGAGAACAUGAGAAAAGUGGUUAUCAGCAUUUAGUGGAGCUGUUCCUCCAUGAAGAAACUGUGAGAGUUAUCACUGCUGGCAACGCCAUAAUACAGAAGAGCCAUUUGUAUGAGGUUUUGGUUGACCUACAGAACUCAGCAGCUGCAUGGAGUGAACCACAUCACGAGGAGGUUGAAGAUGCUGAAAGUCCUGUGGAGGAGGAGUCGGCAAUUAGUUCUUCACCUGUUAGUGAAUCAGAGCUUGAUCGGCUGGCAGGCAUUUUAGAGGAGCUGCAUCACCUACUAGAAACGGCCCCAAACUGUAUGGUGCAGCCCCCUGGAAAAGCAUUUCCAACUUCUGCUAGGAUAACAGGACCGCAGGAAAGAGAUGAUCCAUAUCCUACACUUUACAGGUACAUGCAUGAAUGCCGUUUAUUAGAGAGCAUGACAGUGGUUCUGUCAGCUGCUGCAGCAGCAGGUCACGUUGGAAUCACCCAAGGUUUUCGAGACCUUCUGCACCUCCUGUCACUCUCACAGUCAGGAUUGCUUUUUCUACUGGCCCAACCAGCCCCCACCAAUCUGCUUCUACGGCUGCUUGCAUCAGUGGCGGAAGCCGAAGGGGAGGAGACAACUUUCCCCACAGGAGAGUCGAGUCUGUCUGGGCCCAGCUAUGGUGAAGAGGGCUUUGGUGUUUGGCUCAUGCAAGCACUCCAUGCUCUCCAAGGGAUAUCAGAACUCAUGAGUCAUGUGGCCCAAGGAGGAGAGGGAGCAAAUGGACUUAAAGAAGGUGAUAACCCUGAGGUCCUGGGACAACUACAUGCUCUCUACUUGAUGACUUUCACCUUAACUGGUCGGAGUGCAGUGGCACAUGUUUUCAGUCUGGAUACCAACAUUUCCUGUCUGGUUACUCUUCUACAGCAUCACAGCAAGGAUGGACAGGGUGAAGCCAAGACACGUAAAGCUGUAACAUACAACUAUGCUUGUAUGCUGGUGUUGAUGGUCGUUCAAAGCUCAAAUGACCUGAGAAUGAUGGAACAGUUUGCUGCUCCACUGUUGGCUUUAUCCAAGGGAGAUGACAACAAUGCUAAGUUGCAGGAGCUUAGUAAAUGGCUGGAACCUCUGGAGAAAGUACGCUUUGAGAUGGCAAGCAUUCCUCCACUCAUCAAUUACAUCAAACAGAAUGUUGAAAAUGUGUUGACCGCUGACGGGACCGGACUAGUCACUGCUCUCAAGGUGCUCUGUCAAAUUGCCUGCCCCCCACCAUCUGUUGAAGGGCAGCAACGUGACCUGAAGUGGAGUCUUGCAGGGGUUCAGCUGUUCUCUGGGGAGGGGCUGGACACAUGUGUGCGUGUCCUGCAGAAGCUCUGCAGUGUUCUGCUGCAGCCGUGGCGCAUGCAUGGACACAUGGGCCCUACCCCACAACGAUGCAUGAUCCUCAGCAUAUGUGUCAGCACACUUAGGUUGCUGCGCACCAUGUUGACGGAGCUCCUUCGUGGUGGAGCUUUCCAGUUCCGGGACACUCGCGUGGCCAAUGUUUUGGUGACACUCCAUAUGAUCGUUUGUUCGAUCCCUGCAUCAGGCCGUCUGGAUGGGGAGGAAACCAGAGUGCAAGCACUGAUUGUUGAUGUGCUGCUGACAUUCACACAGGGUGUCAAUGAGGAGGUGACUCACACUGAAGAAACCUUAUCAGGUAAUACAUGGUCUCUGAUGCUGAAAGAGGUGUUGGUGUCCCUGUUGAAAGCACCCGAGGGUCUGUUCUCUGGCCUGACGUUGUUGUCAGAGCUUCUGCCGCUCCCGCUACCAAUGCAAAGCGCUCAGGUGAUAUCACUUCAAGAUGUUGCUGUGGCAUUGAACACCAGGAAACUGUGGAGCAUGCACAUCCGGGCCCAGUGGAAAGUGUUUUCAGAGACUUUGAGAUGCGUGUGUGCCACAAGCUGCCCUGCUCUCUUGACCAUACUCAGGAGAGUGUGUGUGCAGCUGGCUGACUUGUCCUCUCCCACUGCAACUCUUAUCAUGAAGACCCUGCUGGAGAUGCUGCUGGAAGAGCUGCAGCCGGUUGAAGGAAAAAGUACAUGCUGGGGUCAAGUCCUGCGUCUGCUUUCUUUGGCUGAUGCUCUGGUGUCACAGAGAGCUUGUAAGAGCGCCAUACUGCACCUUCUCUCUGGAUCGGUGUCUGGAGAGGAACAAUUGACAGACAUGUUUCCGCUGCUGCUUUCCUUGUUGCUUCCUCCUGCUGAGCAUUGUUUACAGCAACAGCAAUGCAGCGAAAUUGUGGGGACAUUUGUGCAGUCACUGUGUGACCAGGACAUAUCCCUGGUGAUUUCCUCAUCAAGUGAAACUUGCACAUCAGAAGUUGACCAACUGGCCAAUUCUCUGCCUGGAAAGGAGAUGAUGUCUUCAGUUUGCAAUGCCUUGUUGGAGGUUUUGGGUAAUACUGACAGCAGCGUUUCACUUCUGCUCACCUGCGUCAGGACGUUGACAUUCUUGACCGAGCAUGAUUACGGACUUUACCACCUUAAAAUAGCCUUGAAGAAACACAGUGCUGGAAUUUACGCCCUGUUGAAGAAGCUGGUGUUUCCAUUUAACAAGGAUUCAGCAGAUCUCCUCUCUGCUCUUCUCGACUUCCUCAGACAGAUUGUCAGCACUGACCAUAUGUGCAAUGAGGAGAACCAGGGGUCCAUUGACGAUCCUGCUUUUAAUAGUCCCCCACGGCUUCUCACUGGGUCUGAGAUGAAAGCUUUGCUGCAAUGGGAAGAGUCUGACAGUCAUCCGUUGCCCAAUUUGGAAAAGCAGAUCAUGAAACUCUGCAAGGAAGACGAGUCACUAGAGACCAUUCUGGACAAUGUGAUAGUUCUAAGACAAACAAUGGAGACAGCCAGUGAUGCGCCCCCAUCUGUUGACACUGAGCCAGCGCUACCGGUGCCUGAAACACUCGUGGCCCAGUUCAGUCAUAGGACAGUGUUUAUGCUGUCAGACGUUUUGGAUGAACAACUCAAGGCAUUAUGGUUCUCUCCAUUCCAAAAUGAAGAUAUUGAGCCUGACCUUGACAUGGUUAAAGUAGACCUUGUCGGUUUGGCCCAAGAGUGUUGUCCAGACCUUGACCUGAGGGCGGAGCUGCAGCGCUCCUUCCUCUCCGAACCCACAUCUCCUGGACACACCAAGGCACCUAAGGGUUUCCGCCUCGGCAAACAUAAGCAUGAGACAUUCAUUACAUCAAGUGGUAAAUCUGACUAUGUGGAGCCUGCGAAGAGAGCUCACAUCAUGGCUGCUCCCCGAGGUCGUGGAGGUCGAGGUGGUUUUGGUCAGAAUCUCUCUCGACCACACGAUAUCUUCCGCCAGCGGAAACAGAACACUUCUCGGCCGCCAAGCAUGCAUGUGGACGACUUUGUGGCUGCCGAAUUCAAAGAUAUCACUUCUCCGAUUGGGCUUUUGCAGCCAAAAAGACCUCCUAAAAGUUCCCCCAAACUUCCCACCAGAGGCCUUUUCACCGGCAACAGAGGCAGAGCCACUUUCCACAGCCAAACUCGUUUCUUCACCCCGCCACAACCUAAAGGAGUGCUUUUAUCUGGUAAUUAUGCUCGUAGAGAAGGAGGGCGUGGGUCGUCAUGGAGCAGCCAAGUUCCUGCUGUCACUCACAGAGGAACCUACAGUGAACCACGCGGUGGCCAGAGCAAUUUUACCCGUGGCCCUCUGCCGUCCAGACAGCCUCCUGCAAGUGCCUAUCGGCUUACACCUCGGGAUCGAGUCCCCAGAGGCAGAGGCGGCACUGGGUUGGCGUGGCUUAGUGGAGGAGGCGGUGGCGGUGCUGGAGGAGGCGGUGGGGGUGGAGGCAGAGGCUCUCAAGGGAGCAAGUUCAGUGGAGGCGGAGGUAGUGGGGGCGGACGGGGCCGACAUGUGCGUUCGUUCACCAGGUAAACUCACCUGGACAAUGUCUAGAGCCUGUUCUGGCCACAAAUGGACCAUUCCUGGGUUGUCAAGCGAUGGAAAGACUGUGAUGAUGUUUUAUGUUUUCUUAUUUUGAGUUGUUCUGAGAAUAAACAUUGUCGUAAAUGAGGUUUGUGCU